GACUGCCACGGUGUGGAAGACACUGUCCCCGUUCUGGGGGGAGGAAUACGAGGUGCACCUCCAGCCCACCUUUCACAGCGUCUCCAUCUACGUCAUGGAUGAGGAUGCGCUCAGCCGCGAUGACGUUAUCGGGAAGGUCUGCAUCACGCGGGACAUGCUGGCGGAGCACCCCAAGGGCUACAGCGGCUGGGUGAGCCUCAGCGAGGUGGACCCCGACGAGGAGGUGCAGGGGGAGAUCCACCUGCGGGUGGAGGUCCUGGGGAGCCAGGGCGGCCGGCGGCUGCGCUGCACCGUGCUGGAGGCCAGGGAUUUGGCCAGGAAGGACCGGAACGGCGCCUCCGACCCCUUCGUCCGCUUGCGCUACAACGGGAAGGCGCAGGAGAGCACCGUGAUCAAGAAAUCCUGCUACCCCCGCUGGAACGAGACCUUCGAGUUCGAGCUGGCCGAGCCCGCCGGGGAGAAGCUGUGCGUGGAGGUGUGGGACUGGGACCUUGUCGGCAGGAGGGACGGGACGGGGCGGCCCUCCCACUGCUACCAGCCCCUGGUCCAGCUCCUGUGCCAGGAGGUGAAGACUGGGCGCCAGGACGGCCAAGUGCACCUGGUCACCCUCCUGGAUGAAACCACCACGGCUGAGUGCCGGCAGGAGGUCGCCAUCAACUUGGUCAAACUCUUCCUGGGCCAAGGGCUGGUCAAGGAGUUCCUGGACCUGCUCUUCGAGCUGGAGCUGGCCAAGCCCUGUAAGGCUGGAGUGGGGAGUGGAGCCAGCAGCUUCCAACCAUCUCCUGGGGCUGUGACGGGGAUGCCGUACCUGCACGCCGUCCUGGGACCCACCAUCACCCGCGUGUUCGAGGAGAAGAAGCACGUGGAGCUGGACCCCGGCAAGGUGGAGAUCAAAGACGUCGGGUAA